GGCCGUUUUUUAACGCCUUGGGUGGGAGCGGGUGUGACGUUGCUCUUCGUCCCGCGCCGCGGCGUGCGGAGGCGGGAGGCUCGAGGUCCUUGCCGCGGUCCGGGAAACUAUGGAGCCUGGUAGUUAGACUUAAGGAGUUUGGUGCCGUGUUUUGAGGAAACCUUCAUCAUUCAACAGUUAAAAACAAAGACUAUCAAAAAGUUUGGUCAUCACCUUCAGAUCCUGCACAUUUUGAAGUGGAUGCCUCUCAUGAAAAAUUAGAAGGCGUGUUCAAAGCAGAUAGCAUGAAUUUCAGCAGUUUUUCUCAAGACUUAACUCACUCACAUUUUCCCUUGUAUAUGGAUACCAACAGUACCACUUCAGACUCGCCUCAGAGUGAAAUAAAGAAUGUAAAAAGGGAAGAUGAAUCUAAACCCACACUUUCCAAAGAUAUUUAUGGCACACUAGAUGAUGAAUUAGAUGAUGUCACCACUGGAAGUGACUCACAGAACUUACUAACUCAGCCAGUUGACACCAGCCUUUCUUUCUUCAGACAAUUUGAACCCAUUUGCAAAUUUCAUCUCACAGAAGCAUUUAAUACUGAAACAAUAACAUUUCAAAAUCUGACAGAAGGCUUACCUUACACAGAGAAACCAGAAAUGCAAAGUCAUGUGUGUAAUUGUCCAAAAGACACUAAUAUAAAGGAAGAUUCGUUUAAGGAAGAAAAUUCAGUGGGAACUGAAUUUAGCACCUCCACAAAGGAAGAGCAGCUUGCUCAUGAAUGUGUCAGACAACUUUCUAGAAGCCCACCUCUGGUCCAUAGCAGUGGAGAGACACUGAAAUUCACGGAAACGUCACCAGCUAAAAGUGCUGCCACAGAGGCUGCACUCAAACCUAGUCAACCUCAAAGCUUCUUGUAUAUGGAAAAUGUACACAGUGAUGUUAAAAAACCUUUUGACAACGAGAAUAACUUUAACUUCCUUGAUCUGAGAGCUAAUUAUACAACAGAGGAGAUUGUAGUGUCUUCGAAAGGAGUACAGAGCUUUGAGGAUGUUCCUGACAUGCCAGUCUGUUGCCAAAAGGAAGCUCCCCUGGAGGGCCUGGCCAGUCCAAGGAUUGCCUCACCUUGGUUUCCUGCAGGCAUUCCUUGGAGCGGUGGAGCACCUCUGGGUGAUGGCAUGAUGCCUGACACAGAGCAGGAAUUGGAAAGCUCACAAUCUCUGGAAGAGGAGAUGGCUUGCGAAGUCUUGGGGAAAUUAGAGCAUACAAAUAGAAAGCAGCAAAGCCAGAUCCAAGACCUGCAGAGUAGCAACAAAUAUCUAGAGAGGAAGGUGGAGGAGUUACAGAUGCAGGACACCAAACAGCAGGUGUUCGUGGAUAUCAUAAAUGAGCUGAAGGCCAAGGUGGAGGAAUUAAUUGAGGACAAAUACAGAAUGAUGCUAGAGAAGAGUGACACCAACAAGACACUGCAGAAUUUGCACAAGGUCUUAACUCAUACCCAAAAUCGUCUUCAGGAAGUGAAGAAUGAAAAGGAGACCUUGCAGCUGGAGCUUAAGAGGAUCAAGGGCAAUUUUGUUCAUCUACAGGAGAAGUACAUGACGGCAGUGCAACAGAGAGACAAAACUGUCAGCCUGUGCCUACAGAUGAACAGAACCAUCAGUGAGAAAGAAGAAGAGGUUGAGAGGCUGCAGCAACUGAAGGGAGAGCUGGAAAAGGCUACCACCUCCGCUCUGGACUUGAAAAGGGAGAAAAAGACCCUCGAACAAGAGUUCCUAUCUUUACAGGAGGAACUUCAGAAGCACAAGAAGGAAAACCUGGAAGAAAGGCAGAGCCUGAAAUUGAGGCUCGAGAAGCUUCUCGCUCAGGUUAGUCAUUUGCAGUUCAUAUCAGAAAAUGAAAAGGCAAAGAACACUCAACUCCAGCAGCAGGUCCAGGAUGUGCAGCAGGAAAUCGCAAGGCUUCGGCAGCAGGUGCAGGUGCAAAGUGAUGCCCCUCAGUUUGAGACAGUGCAGUUACAGGAACACCCCGGGGAAGCAGUGGAGGCGGAUGGCACAAAGGACAUCACCAUUCCUGAUGCUGAACAUUUAAAAGAGAGCAAGAAAGUUAGUGAUAUAAUGCUACAAAAAUUGAAGCACUUGUAUCUUAAAAAGGAAAAUUUAGAUAAAGAGGUACUGAAACAUAGAGCCAAAAUCACAGCUUUUAGAGAGUUAAUUGCAAAAGAAACAGCAUUUCAAGAUCAGAUUAUUGAGUUAACAGUUUCCAGGUUAGUAUUUUUACCAACUGCAAAAUUGGGAAAUCUUCUAGAGUCAAAAGAAGACCACUGCAACAGACUCAUUGAAGAAAAUGACAAAUAUCAAAGACAUUUAGGCAACUUAAUAAAUAAGACUGACACUGGCAAGUUUUAAAUUCGAAAGAGAAGAGGAUGCUAUUACACACUCAAGAGAAGUAAAAUAAGACUCUGCUUUGGCUUAUAAUUGAGAAAACUCAGCCGAUGCUCAAUCAUCACGGGCUCAUGAAAUUAAAAAUAAUAAAUAACCUAAUGUUUCUAAAACAAUAUCUACUCAUCACUCAGGCCACAUUACUGUGCCCCAGUUAUUCUUAAAAUAUUUUGAACUUUUAUUUUCAGAAAAGUGGCUGAUCCAGUAUGUGUUCAAGAAGAGACUUGACAUCUGAGGUCUAUAUAUAAAUUGUACCAAAAUGGAUGUGAUUGUGGCUGCUUAUUAGAAUUCCUUUGAAUUUUUUUUUACAAAACAUCCAAUAAACUAAAAUACCAUGUGGGUUCUGGCA